CAAUCAUCUGCAAAAACAGAAAACUCUAUCUUUUAGUGAGUCAUAUACCUUUAAAUUAUGCUUUUGAUAUUUCACUACCAUUUAAUUUGGUGAUAUAACUAUAAACUACUCCCUCCGAUGGACAAUCUUGAUGUGCAGCGUGGACAAGAUGAAGCAGACAUCAUCCGAGACACUGUCCUUGGUAUCACUGAUUGUUUGCCAAAUGAAGACGACAUCAUCCGAGACACUGUCCUUGAUACGCAUACCAAUCACACUUCACCAUCAAGAUUCAUGGCUCCUAAUACCCUUCGAAGUCUCAGCCCAACUUCUUUCACACCCCAGGUGGUCUCGAUUGGACCACUCCACAGAAACCAAGAUAAUCUGCAAGCAUUUGAAGUGGAAAAAGCAAAUUUUGUAGGUCAACUAUUGGAUCGGCCAAAACCUAUACCAAGAAGAGAAAUGUUGGAAGCUUGUGUGCAGAAGGUUGCUGCUUCCAUAGUCCAGAUCCGGGCAUGUUAUCCCUCUGAGGAACCUACUGAUGUUGACCUGGCCAAAAUGAUGGUUAUGGAUGCGUGUUUCAUACUUGAAUUUAUUCACCGGCUUUCAGAAACUAAUGAUCAUUUGUCCGACCCACACAUACCUUAUGACCUGGUACUAAUUGAAAACCAGAUCCCUUUCUUUGUUCUUAAGGACAUAUUUGACUGCACUAUCUCCAAAAUUGAAAAAUGUACUCUAGCUCAAUAUAUACAUCCACUUCUAAAACUCCUUAACCCGAUCCAAACAAAGAUACAAACCGGCAAUAGUGACAGUGAAACACCUCAUGAUCAUAUUCUUGGCCUUCUAUACCACUGUUACAAGCCUAAAUGGGAAAGAGCACUCUACGGAUAUUCUUUAUACCCAAACAAGCACCCGGCAAUUGAACUGGACCCAAAAAAGCGCUCGGCUAUUGAACUGGACCAGGCUGGAGUCAACUUUAAGCCUAAUAACAAAGAAGCAAGUUGGCCAAUGGCCAUGAAUGUAGAAAUGCAUACGUCUCGAUGCUUUUCCCAGUCUUGGGUUAGGCCUACUCUACGAAUGCCAGCAUUGAGAAUAAAUCAUUUCACUGAGUUGGUUCUAAGGAACCUUAUUGCAUACGAGCAGUAUUCUUCAGCUCUUCGUUUUAUCUCUUCAUAUGCCAUGGCCAUGGAUAUGUUAAUUGAUACUCAAGAGGAUAUUGCCAGGUUGGUAAAAUCCAAAGUGAUCAUCAACCAUUUAGGUACCAACCAAGACGCUGCGAAUAUGAUAAACAACAUAUGCAAACAAGUAUCAUGGGGAACCUUCUCGUAUUAUGAACAAUGGAAGCAAUUGGAUAGCCAUUGCAAUACUUAUUGGCCUAGCAAAAUUUUGUUGUUAAGGCGGACUUAUUUCAGCAGUCCGUGGAGCAUCAUUGCUCUAGUUACAGCAAUUGGGGUGUUCCUUCUUACUCUGAUUCAAACUAUCUGUAGUCUAAUCCAAACUAUCUAUACCAUUAAGUGAAUCGUAAACAAACGUAUGAAGAUCUUUGAUCAGCUCGUGGCUUUCAAAAUUGUGCAAUUUAUUUAAUUUCGAUUAAUUUUGCUACCAACCACUAGUGAGAUGGCUCUCAUUAUAUAAUUUGCUUAUAGUUUAUUGCAGUAUGAAGAUCUUCGAUCAGCUUGUGGCUUUCAAAUUUGUGCGAUUUAUUUAGUUUCGAUUAAUUUUGCUACCAACCACUAGUGAGAUGGCUCUCAUUAUAUAAUUUGCUUAUAGUUUAUUGCAGUAUGAAGAUCUUCGAUCAGCUUGUGGCUUUCAAAUUUGUGCGAUUUAUUUAGUUUCGAUUAAUUUUGCUACCAACCACUAGUGAGAUGGCUCUCAUUAUAUAGAUUAGUAGGUGUUAAAUGUAUCUAUAUGUAUAUAUAUAUAUAUUCUCUUGACUAUUUU